CCCUAUUUUGAGAAACUCACAACAGCACGAGGCGUAAAAAUCAAUGAAAUUACCAGAAAAGCUCAUCUCAGUUACAGCACUGUGUGUUAAGCUACAAGAGAAAAAAGCUCGGACGGAUUCAAAAACUCUGGCCAAUCCCGAGUCACAUGACUCCACCACCGGCAGCGAUACGGAGCGCAAAAGGGACGCAGAGCCUCGGUGUACACAAGCCUGCACACCGCCAGCCCUCCGCCGCUAUCCGCCCUAUUUCUUUUUAAUUGAACCCUUUUACUCCCGCUCGGCCGUGCUGCAGGACGAGGAUGACUGGGAAGACCCUGACCAGCAACGUGACCAACAAAAAUGACCCGCGCUCCCUCAACUCCCGUGUCUUUAUCGGCAACCUCAACACAGCUGUGGUAACCAAGGCCGACAUCGAGGUCAUCUUCUCCAAAUAUGGCAAGAUCGUGGGCUGCUCUGUGCACAAAGGUUACGCCUUCGUUCAGUACGCCAGCGAGAGGAAUGCCAGGGCAGCUGUGGCCGGGGAGUACGCCAGAGUGAUCGCCGGACAAUCAUUAGAUAUCAACAUGGCAGGAGAGCCAAAACCGUACAGGACUAAGAUGGUCUCCAAGAGGCCUCUCUCAUCCCUCUACAGUGGCUACGAGUUUGACUUUGACUACUACAGGGACGAUUUCUACAGCAGACUCUUUGAGUACCACGGUCGUGUCAUUCCCCCGACCCAUGCUGUGAUCCCCAUCAAACGUUCGCGGCUAGUCAUCCCGUCCACACGCAGAGCCAAAUCCUCCUUUCCAUUCAGGGCCUGCUCUUCCUCCUCCUCCUCCUCCUCUUCCUCCUCUCGAGUGCUCAAUGCCGGCUCCUCCAUCACAGUCCCUAAACUGAAGACAGACCAGCUCCUCACAAUCAAAAAGGAGCUGUCACAGAUCAAGACCAAGAUCGACUCACUGCUGGGAAGGCUGGAGAAGAUUGAGAGGCAACAUCGCUCUGACGGCGACAUGCAGAGAAAACAAGAGGAGGUGUGUGAGUGUCUCCAUGGUGACACAAAGGACCACUCUGGAGGAGAGGAGGCAGCAGAGGGGGCCGCCGAGGUGGAGGCAGGGGAGAUGACGGACGGCUGUGAAGACAACUUUGAAGAUGAAGGCACCAGCGAUAUGAUAGAGAACCACAUAUCGGACAUUGACAACUGAGUAAGCUAGAGGAAAAAAGGGAGUCUGUACAAGAAGCUGGACGAACACAUACCAGCACAACCUUCUUGAUCAAGAGGGUGUAUUUGAAAUUAAAGGAAAGCAAUGACGGGAGCGACCGACGGCAGCAGAAGAGUUUUUCAAACUUGUUUUUAUGCUUGUUUGCCUCAUUAGAACAUGACACUCCCCCAUCGAAAUGCUGGUUAUGAAUAUUCUGCUGACUACUGCAAAGAGCAGUCAUAAAUUUCCCUCCGAGCUGAUUGCCUCUCUGAAAAAUAAGGACAAUAUUUUGUGUGCUUAAUAUAUUAUGGUCUGUAUUGUGCAUAAAAAUAUUCAGAUGAACCAUGAAACGCCCUCCUUUGUUGUAACGUUUGUUUUGUUUGUGCGUUUAAAACCGUGACGAGCCAGCGGAGAGCUUAACAUGAAUGUAAGAGGAACACUUGAUAAUUAUGUGGUUUCGCUUUAUUCGUACAUAAUUUUCCCCGAAAUGUACACAAUAUGUAAUUUAUUCACAAUGUCUCCAGACGGUGUUUGUCAUUUGUUAUUCAUGAUAAGAUGCAUUUGGAAUUCUGUAUACAUUAAUGUUUAAGAUGACUAUUUUUUACGAUCAGCAUGUUGAAAAU